ACUCAGACGACCUAGAAUCUUUAGACCAAUAUCAAGGAUCUAUAUAUCCAGAAUCUGAAUAUUCAGAAUACCAAGAAUCAGUCCAAACUGUAGGAGACUAUAGCACACUAUUUGAAAGUUCGGGAGAAAACACAGACACAACAGAAAAAUUUAGUGAUACAGAAACAGAAAAAUCAGACAUGACACCACCCAUAAGCGUUAAACCAAAAAUAAACGUAGAUUUAAUAGAUGAUGAAGCUUAUUUUGUUGUCAGUGACCUGCAAGAAGCCACUGAAUUCACCUUAGAAAAGAAGCACUUUAAGAAGGUCAUGGAGGACUGGUACUGUGCAGCAUUAAAUUAUUAUGCUGAAAAGAAAAGUGACCAUGAAAAUUGUGCGUUUAUACCAGUAAAAGAGUUAUAUAAAAAGGGAAAAGAAAAGGAGGACCUUGGUGAUGGCAAAGAUGAAUUUGAUGAAGAAGAAAUGAAGGUGCUCCUAGCCAAGAAAACAAGUGAAUUGGAAGAGGCUGAACAAAGGAAAGUAGCAGACUAUCAGAAACACCAAAUGUUGGAAACUCAGAAGAAACUAGUAGAACUAACCCAAGCCCAUGAUAAAAGAGAAAGAGAGUUAGCUAAACAGAAAAACAAAACGGUUUUUGAUGUGGUGGCAGAAUAUCUAGAGAAAAACCAAAAAGAUGUACCGGACGAGUACACCCUGGAAAUCAACCUGGAUGAUAGUGACGAAGAAGAAGAGCCACAACCUGAUGAAGAAGACGAAGUUAAUCCAAAUGAUGAAGAAGAAAAAGACCUGCAAAAGCUGGUGAAAGCAUUCAAGGCAGCUGGACUAGGUGGAAAAGAAACUAAGUGGUCAGAAUUUCCAAAGUUUGGAGGAGGGGAAGAUGAUCCAUAUGAAUGGCUUGACCAAUAUGAAGCUGCUUGUGAAGUAAAUAGUGUAAAGGGAAACAGAGUCUUAGAUUUACUUUCAGCAAGUUUGGAAGGACCAGCUCUAACUUGGUGGAGAGCAGCUAGAAGAAACAUAAUAACUUGGGAAGCAUGGAAGUCAGAAUAUCACCGUAAAAGAUCAUUCAAAUAUCAGUUCUUGACGAAAUUUUGUGGACCUGAAAGGCAACAGAGGUGGAUGGAAGAACUUCGGAAUUGUAAACAAAGACCAGGAGAAACAGUCA